UCUUCUCAGGCACACAUCUGCUGGCAGAAGCUUGCUUUAGGGCUCGAGAAGUGAGAACAACAAGCAAAGAUGAGUCAUGAACAACAAGAAUCUUUUUGUGAAAAACUCUCAGGGGAACUCAGACAUUUCAGAUGGAGGGAAAUUUUUACAUGGAAGCUCCUGAGAAUGUUGGCCAUGGGUCAGGGUCUCUCAGCACUGAUUUGUGGGACUGCUGUCACCUCUCAGUACCUGGCCACAGAAUUUCAACUGGAUGUACCGAUGUUUCAGAGUUGCAUAAAUUAUGUACUUUUAUGCCUCACUUACACCACUGCACUGUGUUUUAAAAAAGGCAAUGAAAAUAUUCUGCAGAUCCUUAAAACAAAAUGGUGGAAAUAUUUAUUGUUGGGUCUGGUAGAUGUGGAGGCAAAUUAUGCAGUUGUAAAGGCUUACCAGUAUACCACAUUAACCAGCAUACAGCUUUUGGACUGCUUUAUUCUCCCAGUGCUUUUGAUCCUGUCCCGGAUCUUCCUAAAGACACGCUACAGAAUCAUUCACUAUGUAGCAGUGUUUGUUUGUCUGGCUGGUGUAGGAGCCAUGGUGGGGGCAGAUCUAGUCUCAGGCCGAGAUCAAGGAUCAAGCAGUAACAUUCUGCUGGGAGAUGGCCUGGUUAUCAUCAGCGCUACUCUGUAUGCAGUCUCCAACCUGUGUCAGGAGUACAUUGUAAAGAAUAAGAGCCGGAUUGAGUUUCUCGGGAUGGUCGGCCUCUUCGGAAUGCUGAUCAGCGGAAUACAGCUAGGUGUUUUAGAACAUAUGGAGGUGGGAAAUAUUCAGUGGAAAUGGCAAACUGCUCUGCUCCUGGGUGGCUUUGCCAUAUGUAUGUAUACACUGUACAGCUGCAUGCCAGUGGUGAUCAGCAUGACCAGUGCCACAGCAGUCAACCUCUCCUUGCUCACGGCUGAUCUCUUCAGCAUCUUCUGUGGCAUUUUCCUCUUCCAGUACACUUUCUCAGGGCUCUAUGUUGUGUCAUUAUUGGCGAUCAUGGUGGGCUUCAUAAUGUUCAACACCGUUCCUACACCAAGCCAAAGUCCCGAACCAGUGUCUCAGGAGGCAGGACAGGACAACCAGGCUGUUGAACAUGAUGAUGAGAGACAAGUGGGCUCUGCAGUUGAUAAUCAAGAAAAAUGUGUGAUUGAUUCCAACCUAGAGAAUCUACCAGCUAAAAAUGGACACAUUUUAAGAAGUGUUAAAAUGUAGUUCAGAAGCUUGAGGUCAGUGGUCAGUUGAUGCUAAUUAUACUUGAAUGACAACUGUAUUUAGGUCACAUUUUGGAAUAAAAAAAAUUUAAAAAGCCAAAAUAAAAAGCCAUUUGUGAAAAACUAGUACAAAAUAAAAAGUACACAUAUGCUGCUUUCAUAGGAUUUACGAUGAUAAGUAGUAGCUAGGUGCUGCUAAUUAAAUGUUCUUGAUUAAUUAAUCAUCAGCAGAGGUACCACCUCUGUAAAAGUCUUAGCAGUGUGCUGGUCUGGAACAUUCAGGUGUGUACUAGAACAAUGACAAGGAGAAAAGACAAGCGCAGUGAACGUAGAAAAUAAAUUGUUGCUUCCCAUCAUUUUGUGAAGGGUUAUAAGGCCAUUUUCAAACAAUUUAAAUUCUUCAGUGAGAAACAUAAUUCACAUGUAAAAACAUUAAAGACAUUUGCUAAUCAUUCCUGGGAGUGGGCACCCUAGCAAAUUCACCCUGAGGCCAGACUGUGCAAUGCUCCGAGAAAUUGCAAAAACUCCAAGAGUUACAUCUCGCAGUCAACAUGUCUGUUAACAUGUUAAUUUUUAUAGUUCAUGAAAAAUGAACUAGUAUGAUUUGUUUGGAAGCGUUGCCAGGAGAAAGCAUCUUCUCUCUAAAAGGAACAUGGCAGCAUGAUGUAACUUUACAAAGUUGCAUCUUAACUUCUGGGAGAUUUUUCUUUUGGACAGAAGAGACCAAAGUGGAAAUGUUUGCCAAAAACAAACAGAAUCAGCACAAAAACCUCAUAUCAACUGUCUAGUAUGGUUCAGGCAACGUAUGUACUAUUCCUCUUAAUUUAAAUCCUCUGAAAGAUUAAAUAAUUACCACAUGAUGAAAUAUAAACUUAUCAACAUAUUAUCACACGUCUUUUUUUAUUGACUAUUUUAUUGUCUACUUUACUGUUUCUUGGUAAUAUAAUGUGAAGUGUUAGUUGAGCAAUAAAUAAAAGUAUAAUCAAAGUGGA